GGAAAAGGAGAGAGGAGAAGGAAGGAAGAAGAAGGAAGGAAGGGGACAAUACGAUCAUGCUGUGCUGUAUGAGAAGAACAAAACAGGUUGAAAAAAAUGAGGACGGGGACCAAAAGAUCGAGCAAGAUGGCAUCAAACCAGAAGAUAAAGCUCAUAAGGCAGCCACCAAAAUCCAGGCCAGCUUCCGCGGACACAUAACAAGGAAAAAGCUCAAGGGGGAGAAGAAGGGAGAUGCCCCAGCAUCGGAGGCUGAUGCUGCUGACAAGAAGGAGGAAGGUUCCACUGGCGGAGCGGCCGAGAACAAAGAGAGCGAAGCUCCCACUGCCACAGAAGCAGCCGCCGCUGACAGUGCCCAGCUGGAGGAGGGCAGCAAAGGCAGCAGCGCAUCAGCCGAGGAGAAAAAAGUGGAUGGAGCUGCUGACACGGGCUCAGAGCAGCCAACCCCACAGGCUGCCACUCCUGCUGCCUCCUCGGAGGAAAAGCCUGCUGCUGCCGCCGCCGAAACGGAAAGUGCCACUAAAGCUUCCACUGAUAACUCGCCGUCCUUGAAGGCUGAUGAAGCCCAAGACAAAGAGGAGCCUAAACAAGCCGAUGUGCCUGCUGCUGACACCACUGCCACCACCACCCCUGCUGCAGAGGAUGCUACUGCCAAGGCAACAGCGCAACCCCAAAUGGAGACAGUGGAGAGCAGCCAAACCGAAGAGAAGACAGAUGCUGUAGAAGAAACCAAACCUACUGAAAGUGCCCAGCAGGAAGAGGUGAAAGAAGAAGAGAGCAAGGCGGACCAAGAAAAUGCCUGAACAUUAAGAAAUGACUCCCCAUUGCCCCUCCCUCCCUCCCCCUAUCCUCUAUCCUUCCUUCCCACCCCAAUCUCGAUCUCCCCACUUCCUGCUCACAUCUGUGAGCCUGUCCAUCCCUCUCCCAUUCCCAACUAAACCCUUUUUCUCUCUGUGUGGCAAACAUUUAAAGAAAAAAAAAAAAGGAAAAAAAAAAAGCAGGAAAAAUCCCAGUCAAACAGUGUGGCUUAAACAUUUCUUUGUUUCUUGGUGUUGUUAUGGCGAGUUUUUUGGUAACGAUGAUCCAAUCAUUUUUGGGAAAAUUCUUGCACUGUAUCAGAGUUCUUUGACCUGGCGCGUGCGUGUGUCUGUCUGCCCACCGCGAGCACGCUCUCUCUCUCUCUCCCCCCCUCCUCUCUCCUCUCUUCUCCAAAUGUGUGUGUGUGUGCAAUGUUACGUUCAUCCGAGGAGUCCAGACUUACCGAGUGAGUUAAAAGAGGAAAAACAAAAACACAAAAACCAAACCAAAAAGUAAUUUUCUUUUCUUCCUUUUUCAAUGCGAUGGAAUGAACGAAAGACAAAAAACCAAAUAAAAAAAAAAAGAGAGAUCAAACCCAACAACAACAACAAAAAAGAACAAAGAGUAAUACUAAACCCCAGUUUUCAGAACUAGAACAACAACAACAAAAAAAUGUGCCAAUUAGCGUAAUGCUUGGCUCCAGGCUCCUUUUUCAAACUGAACAAUAAUUAUAAUAAAUGAGAAUAAUGAUCAUUAA